AUGGCGUUAUCAGGCAUGAGGGGACACUCUGUCUUUAUAAGCGAUAUUCGAAAUUGUCAAAACAAAGGGCAAGAAAGACUUCGUGUUGAUAAAGAGCUUGGCAAUAUCCGUACUCGCUUCAAAAACGAAAAGAUUUUCAGUUCAGUCAAAAACCAGCACAACAAUUUCCGUUCUCAUCCAAUAAAAUUAGUCUGCCCUUUCAACAACAUCACUCACUCUGUUAAAUGCGCCAGUUCUGAUUCCACCGCCGGUACCGUUACUGACUUAUCGGAUGGUAAAUUGAAAGAUGAUAGUAGGGUGUUGGAUGUUGCUUCUGAAUUGAGAACUGAUGGCGGCGGCGAUAAUGGUGGUGUUGGUCAUGGAAAUGGCAGUGGAGAUUCUUCUGGUGGCGGCGGAGGGGAGGAGACAGUGGUGAUGGAAACAGAGGCGUGUGGAGUUGAGCUUCCUGCUGAUAUGUUGGAAGCUGCUAAAUCUACCGGGAUUCGGAAAAUGUUUCUCCUUCGUUACCUCGAUUUGCAGGGAUCAGCAUGGCCACUAGGUUUUUUGAUGAAGCACUGUACUAUGCUGCGUGAUCGAAUGCUGGCUGAUCCUUCUUUUCUUUUCAAAGUUGGAACAGAGAUUGUUAUUGAUUCUUGUUGCGCAACAUUCGCAGAAGUUCAGAAAAGGGGAAAGGAUUUCUGGUCGGAGUUUGAGUUGUAUGCAGCGGAUCUUUUGGUUGGCAUAGUGGUUGACAUUGCUUUGGUUGGUAUGUUAGCUCCUUAUGCUCGUAUUGGGAAACCAGCCUUUUCAGGUGGGUUGUUUGGGAGCAUACAACAGGCUUGUGCGGCUCUUCCUAGCAGUGUUUUUGAAGCUGAAAGGCCAGGAUGCAAAUUCUCUGUGAAACAGCGCAUUGCUACCUACUUUUAUAAGGGUGUAUUAUAUGGUUCCGUAGGGUUUGGAUGUGGACUCAUUGGCCAAGGCAUUGCUAAUCUGAUAAUGACUGCGAAACGAAGCUUAAAAAAAUCAGAAGAAGACAUCCCUGUUCCCCCACUUGUGCAAAGUGCAGCUCUUUGGGGUGUGUUUCUUGCUGUAUCUUCUAACACUCGUUACCAAAUUAUCAAUGGACUGGAGCACCUGGUUGAAGCAUCACCUCUGGCAAAACAGGUCCCGACAGUUGCAAUGGCUUUCACCGUUGGUGUGCGAUUUGCCAACAAUAUUUAUGGUGGCAUGAGAGGACUCUCUGUCUUUAUAAGCGAUAUUCGAAAUUGUCAAAACAAAGAGCAAGAAAGACUUCGCGUUGAUAAAGAGCUUGGCAAUAUCCGUACUCGCUUCAAAAACGAAAAGGGUUUGACUCCUUAUGAAAAGAAGAAAUAUGUUUGGAAAAUGCUGUACAUUUACAUGCUAGGAUAUGAUGUAGAUUUUGGUCACAUGGAAGCUGUUUCUUUAAUAUCCGCACCAAAGUACCCUGAAAAGCAGGUUGGAUACAUAGUUACAUCAUCUUUGCUCAAUGAGAACCACGAUUUUCUCAGAUUAGCAAUAAAUACAGUGCGCAAUGAUAUUAUUGGUCGGAAUGAAACUUUUCAGUGCCUGGCUUUGACUAUGGUUGGAAAUAUUGGUGGGAGAGAAUUUGCUGAAUCAUUGGCACCAGAUGUUCAAAAGUUACUUAUUUCUAGUAGCUGCAGACCACUUGUGAGAAAGAAGGCUGCAUUAUGUUUGCUGCGCUUGUACAGAAAAAAUCCAGAUGUCGUCAAUGUAGAUGGCUGGGCGGAUCGGAUGGCACAACUGUUAGAUGAACGUGAUCUUGGUGUUUUGACGUCUUCUAUGAGCCUUCUUGUUGCUUUAGUGUCAAAUAACCAUGAAGCAUAUUGGAGUUGUCUACCAAAGUGUGUUAAGACAUUGGAGCGACUUGCUAGGAACCAGGAUAUUCCCCAAGAAUACACUUAUUAUGGUAUCCCAUCUCCUUGGCUUCAGGUUAAGACAAUGAGGGUUCUUCAGUACUUUCCAACUGUUGAAGAUCCUAAUACUAGAAGAUCCUUGUUUGAGGUCUUACAGCGGAUACUAAUGGGAACUGAUGUUGUAAAAAAUGUAAAUAAGAACAAUGCAUCACAUGCUGUUCUCUUUGAAGCCCUCGCUCUUGUAAUGCAUCUUGAUGCUGAAAAAGAGAUGAUGUCUCAGUGUGUUGCCCUCCUUGGCAAAUUUAUUGCCGUUCGUGAACCAAAUAUCCGAUAUCUUGGUUUGGAGAAUAUGACUCGGAUGUUGAUGGUUACGGAUGUGCAAGAUAUCAUUAAAAGACAUCAGGCACAGAUCAUCACAUCGUUGAAAGAUCCGGACAUCAGUAUCCGUCGGCGUGCUCUUGAUUUACUCUAUGGUAUGUGUGACGUUUCAAAUGCUAAGGAUAUAGUGGAAGAACUGUUGCAGUAUCUUAGCACAGCAGAUUUUGCAAUGCGCGAGGAGUUGUCUCUAAAAGCAGCUAUUCUUGCAGAAAAGUUUGCCCCUGAUUUGUCUUGGUAUGUGGAUGUGAUCCUUCAGUUGAUUGACAAGGCAGGAGAUUUUGUCAGUGAUGAUAUAUGGUUUCGUGUUGUGCAGUUUGUUACAAACAAUGAAGACCUACAGCCUUAUGCAGCAGCAAAAGCCAGAGAGUAUCUUGACAAGCCUGCCAUACAUGAGACAAUGGUCAAGGUCAGUGCAUAUCUCCUUGGAGAGUACAGCCACCUUUUGGCCAGACGGCCUGGGUGUAGUCCGAAGGAAAUAUUUAGCGUCAUACAUGAGAAGCUUCCUACUGUAUCAACUACUACCAUUCCAAUUCUGCUUUCCACAUAUGCAAAGAUCUUAAUGCAUACUCAACCCCCAGAUCCAGAACUACAGAAACUUGUCUGGGCAAUAUUUAGCAAAUAUGAGAGUUGCAUUGAUGUUGAGAUACAACAGCGAGCAGUUGAGUAUUUUGCAUUAAGUAGGAAAGGUGCAGCUCUAAUUGACAUAUUGGCCGAAAUGCCUAAAUUCCCUGAGCGUCAGUCUGCAUUGAUUAAAAAAGCUGAGGUUGCUGAAGUAGAUUCUGCAGAGCAAAGUGCUAUUAAGCUGCGAGCACAGCAACAGAUGUCUAGUGCAUUAGUUGUUACAGACCAAUACGCUUCGAAUGGGACUCCUCAAUCUGUUGGCCAGCUUGGUCUAGUAAAGAUUCCCAGCACAAUUAGAGAUGAGCAUAUUUCAGCAGAUCAAGGAUUGUCCCAGGAAAAUGGGACUUUAACUACAGUAGAUCCUCAACCUCCUUCAGCAGAUAUUUUAGGUGAUCUCUUGGGUCCGCUGGCUAUUGAAGGCCCUCCUGGAGCUGCUGUCCAAUCUGAGCCAAAUGUAAAUUCUGGACUGGAAGGUGUUCCAAGUUCAGCGGAUGAUACAGCUAUUGUACCUGUAGGAGAGGAAACUAAUUCUGUGCAGCCAAUUGGAAAUAUCAAUGAAAGAUUUUAUGCUUUAUGCUUGAAGGACAGUGGUGUGUUAUAUGAGGAUCCAAACAUUCAGAUUGGUAUUAAAGCAGAGUGGCGAGCUCAGCAUGGACGUCUUGUCCUUUUCUUGGGAAACAAAAACACUUCUCCACUUGUUUCUGUUCAGGCACUGAUAUUGCCCCCUGCCCAUUUAAAAAUUGAACUCUCAUUAGUACCUGAAACUAUUCCUCCACGGGCACAGGUGCAAUGCCCGCUUGAAGUAAUGAAUCUCCACCCAAGCAGGGAUGUUGCUGUUCUCGACUUUUCAUACAAGUCCGGUACCAGCAUGGCCAAUGUCAAGCUUCGCCUUCCAGCUCUUCUGAACAAAUUUCUUCAGCCUAUUACAGUGUCAACUGAAGAGUUUUUCCCUCAAUGGAGAUCACUUUCAGGACCACCACUGAAGCUUCAAGAAGUUGUUAGAGGAGUAAGACCAUUGUCUCUCAUUGACAUGGCAAACCUAUUUAUCAGCUUUCGGUUGACAGUUUGUCCAGGGCUUGAUCCAAACCCCAAUAACCUGGUUGCAAGUACGACCUUCUACUCAGAGAGUACACGGCCCAUGCUUUGCUUGGUUAGAAUUGAAACAGAUCCUGCAGAUCGAACACAGUUGCGGAUGACAGUUGCCUCAGGGGACCCAACACUAACAUUUGAGCUGAAGGAGUUCAUCAAAGAACAAUUAGUCAGUAUUCCUCAAGCAUCUCGUCCACCCCCACCUGCAUCAUCAGCAGCUCCAGUAGCGCAACCAACCAAUCCUGCUGCUUUUACAGAUCCCGGGGCUCUUCUGGCUGUUGGUCCACCCAUCUGUCCUCAAGAGGUGGAUCAGGGAAUUCACGAGCAAGGGCUGGCGGAAUCCAGGGUGAGCUUAUUUGCGAUCGGCAUAAGUAUUCAAAUUGAAUUUCUAGGGGAUGGUUGGGAUUUUGAGAUUCUUUUGCACUAUUGUAAUGUGCUUAGUGAGAGGAGUGGCAAGGAUUCGAGAUUUUCUAGGUCUUUUGAUGGUGGAACAUGGCAUCAGGAGGACGUUGGUGCUUUGAUUAAAACCGCUGAUACAGAACUGUCUAUGGGGUUGAAGAAAAGAUUUACCUAUAAGAACCCGAAAUCCUCUCAUUGUGGAAAGUGGAUAAUUUUUCAGUUCAAUCUCUUGGGACAUUCAACAGAUUACGUGUUAGGUCAAUUAAAAGUGAAGGAUAAGGACAAGAAAUUAUCAAAGAAGCCAAAAUCUUCUGAUAAUGAUGCCCCUGAAUUUGGGGUUUCAAAAUCUCAUUGGGCUAACUCUGAAUUAAUAGCUGCAGAUCCUAUUAUUAUAGAAUUGACUAGAGAUGAUGUGGCUGAUGAGGUUUGGGGGUUCUUGGAGCAAUCUGAGAAGGCUACCACGACUGAAAAUAAUGAGACUGUAAAGGGGAUUGAUUGUGAGGAGCAGCAUGGGGUUGACAAACUUGUAGGAGAAACACAAUCAUGGAGUGGGGUUAGUGAGGUUUUGUUUGAUUUGAUGCAUGAGAUAGAAGAGGUUGAAAUAGAUUCACUUGAACAGUUCUGGAAUAUACCUGAUGAGGAAGUGGGAUGGUUUGAUUAUAGACCUACGCUGGCUGAUACAUUUCCUUCAAGCCUAGCUGAUAUGGGAACUAAUCAUGUAUGGAAGCAGCCAGCCCAGCCAUAG